AGGCAGGAAAGAGCCUGGGUUGUAGUUGCACAAUGGAGACGAAGACUUCGUAUUUGUCUCAGAUAUUGGGAUUAUAUGUUGGAAUACAAUUGUUUUUUCUUGCCUUUUUUCAAGUACAUGCAUUAGAGGUGUUUACACCCAAAGAGGUUUUCUUUGAAAAUGGGACACAGGGAACCCUUCACUGCACCUUUUCCUCAACCGAGGUGAUAAAGAAUGAAGCUACAGUGUCCUGGAGCUUUAUUCCAGAGGGAGGCUCAAAUCAUGCUUCUUUCUUUUAUUAUUCAGCUGGAAAGCCAUAUGGUAGUCUUAAUCAGCAGUUCAAAGAUCGCAUUUCAUGGGCUGGUGACCUAAACAAGAAAGAUGCUUCCAUCAAAAUAGACAAAUUACAGUUUACUGACAAUGGUACUUAUAUAUGUGAUGUGAAGAAUCCACCAGAUAUUGAAGUAACUCCUGGAUUCAUAAAGUUACGUGUUGUGGAGAAAGCGGGUCUUCCUAAAUCAAAUGCCUGGCUAAUUGUUGGAGCUGUAAUUGGAGCCAUUCUUGGAGUUCUUUUAAUUGUGAUCAUUGUGUCCUGUUUGGUGUACAGGAGGAAUCGAUCCAGAAAUGAAUACAUGGGCUGCAGUUCUUCUGAAAGUGUGGUCCCUCAAGUGACUUUGCCUGUGAAGAACCCAGAAUCAGUUAAAGAGUGGUCACGAUGUAGCAGCCCCUCUGCUCCUCUCCAGGGCCCAGUAAUAUAUGCUCAGCUAGACCAUUCAGGGAACAAAUCCUCCAAUACCAUCUACAAAUCUGAACCAGUGGUAUAUGCUGAUAUCCGAAAGAACUAAUUAAGGACCUGGAAAAGACUGACCAACCCAUAUGCAUUUAUAAUUUCUAAUGUAUGAACAAGUUGGGGUCAAUCAAUGCAUGUGCAAAUAUGUGUCAAUAAAAACAGCAUAGUUUUCUGCAGAAAGUUAGUGCAUGUAAUGAAAUGUCAAGUAUGUUGAAAAGUGACCUUUCUUUGGGGAGUCUUCUUCCUGGUUGCACCUUAAUUUAUUCAUAUUACUACUAUAAUGGUGUACAGGAUGUUAGGAUAAAUUAUCCAAAAUAAUACAUAGUUGAGCAUCCGUACUGAAUAUUACCAUCCUGCGUGGCAAACAUCAUAGCUUCAUCUCAGUGUGGUACUAAGUAAAGUUUUGGUUAUUAUAAGUGUCUUCAAAAGUUGUGAAACUGACUCUGCAGCUACCAAUACAUAAAGUCAUUUUAUGGUGUGUUUUGGAUGUCCGUGAAAAAAGGCUGCCUGAUGUUUUACUCUGCCUGCUAGUUGAAAAAUCAGGGUUAGGUUUGUGAAUCUUGUUUGUUUUUGGGUGCCAGCAGGUAUUUCCUGAAUAGUACGAUUUCCAAGAACCACUAAUACAUAUUGUUUACAAAGUAGAAAUGAAGGAAAUAAAAAACCCUUGUCAUUCAUAACAACGGUCUAGUUAUUACUUUCAUUGAAACUGUUUUUUGUUUGUCAUUGUCCCCCUACUGCUAUUCAUUUUGAGCUUCAACUUUGUAUUCUUUGGAAGUAAUUUCUAGCAAUAUUUUAAUGAAUAUUGCUGAAGAUGUUUAGAUGUUUCACUCGUCGUUUAGUAAAUUGAAAGCAUUGAAUGGUGACCAUUGUUAACAUCUGGCUAUAUUGUUUUGGAAAGUAAAUGUAUAAGAGUUAUUAGCAAGUUUAAAAGAAAAUAAGACAUUUUUGUGCUGACAUUCAUGAAAUAGGGGCUCUUUAUCUUAUAGCUGCUCAUCUGCCAUCUGCCAUUUUGUACACGCUUAAGAACGCCUCGCUCUUAAUGUCCUAGAAGGCAGCACCUUGAUUGUAUGUACAUUAAGUUCCUUUGUGGAGAGUCUUUAGCCUUUUCAUUGCAUUUUCAUAAAUUGACAAUUCAGCAGGUCAAAAUGUUAAGUGAAAUUGUUAAGUUCAAGUUACUUAGUGAGAAUGCUUUACAAAUGUUUGUCUUUUCGUUUACAUUUUUGUAUUCAUCAUGUCUUUUAAAAAGACUUUUUUUUUUUAGGAACCUUAUUCAAUAGAAAUCUAUUUUUUAAUUCUUGUUCUAUACUGAUUUUAUUGAACAAUCAAGAUCCCCAAUAUCUGGUGCAUAAAACACUAAUGACUAUAAUAAAUUACUGCCAAAAUACUAUGUGGUACUUGUUAAAGACUGCAGGUUACUGUGUGUUGUGCUCAGUGAAGAUACUCUUCAGAUAAUUUAGUCUUGACCAUAUUUUUUGUCUUAUUGCUGGACAUAGUGUUAUUUGAACGUUUAUUAAAAUCCUGAACUGGAAGUAAUGCUUUGAUAUAUUGUAAAAAAAACUGAAAUUUCUUUUACACCUUAUUGAGAUGUUAUAUCAACAGUUUUAUAAUUGCAGAUCUUUCUUUGUUACUGCAAUAAAAUGCUUUUGGGUUAUGUCUAUAACCAAAGUUAAACACAAAUGUACAGUAGGCCCUUUUCUUUUAAAGAGGUUACAUUUCUAUUCUGACAAUAACAGAAAAAUAUUACUUAUAUAUUGUAUAAGACUUGUGCAGCAUUUGACAGUCAUACUGUGCAACAUGAUACAUGAUAUGAAAUAUUUUAAUAACCUUUAAUGAUUAGUUAAAUGUAUCACUAUUUUAUAUAAUAGAAUGUAAAACCUUUGUGCAUAUUGAAUGCCAAGGCUAACAUGAUAUCAGAAAUGUUAGCAAGAACAGUCACAUCUAAUGUACUGUAUUUUGUCUUCGUGUCGGUCACCACUUUGUCACUUUUGUGCAAAACCAAAAAGCAGUGGUAGAGAGCAGAUUGUGCGUCCGAGCGUUACACCAGUCACAGCCUGAGAAUUUUCAGGUUCUACCACUUGAACAAUUGUUCUUUUCCAAUAUGAACACACAUUGUUUAGCAUGAUGAGUUUUCUUUUAAUUAAGUACAUUUGUUUACACAUUUGCUCUUUGUGCCUACAAUGUGGUUGUUUUGACCUACAGAAAAUCAUAUUCAGAUUUUUUUUUUUUUUUACAGCUUCACAAAUUUAAAAUAGUACUAUGCGCUCUUUACACUGUUGUCUUUAUGACAAGGAAUGUGAGUCAUGGUGAUCCUUCACAUGAAUAUUUUAACCGAGUUAAAAGUGUAUUUUGUUUUUAACCAUAAAUAUAACUGUCAAAGGCUAAUGUCUUAACUGUAAAUAGCACACUGUCGUUGGAUAGAAUAAAAAUGCUGGAUUUUGAAUCCUCAGUAAGUUCUUACAAACAUUUUUUUCGCUGCCUUGAAAGUUAAAGAACUUUAAAAAGCAUACAAGUUAAAAAUAUAAGUUCUGUAAAAUUAUAUUUGAAGGUACUUGUAGCAUUCAGUCAUUUAACUAAAGUUAUUAAAAUAUAUCUGGGCUUUUUGCUAAUCACAUUGCACAGUGUUUUACUUUUGAGUGUAACAUGAAAUAACAUUUGACUGCUUAGUGGGAGUUGUUUGUCUUCCGUAGUUUGUGCCACAGUAUGCUGAUGAUGGUUAUCGUUUGGAUAAAACUGGAAUGCUAUAAUGUGCUUUAUUUUCUUUUCAUCUAUGUCAGAGUGUCUGUGUUUUCUGACUGUAUGUGUAUUGUAUAUAGCAGAUUCUUUACUCUAAAAAUGCUGUCUUUAAUUUCUUAUACUUUUGUCUCCAAAAUACUGUAUGAUUUUU